CUCACACAUCCAUCAAUCAGAUCCUCACCACAACUUGGACUCCUAUUCUACCCGUUCUUUUUUUGCUUCGGAUCGAAAGAGGCUGUUCCUUAUCGGUCAUCAUUUUUUCGUACAUUUUCAAAUCGAACGAAAUCCCAGGUAUACAAUUACUGCGUACACAGUAUAUUUCUACACAUUGAAAGGCGAUUUCCACCUCUGCGGCAAUCUCUAUCCAGACCCCAGCCUAUCUACUAUACAAAGCUCAACUGUACAAAACCGUCGAUAUGACGGCCAAAGCGAUACCUCAGUCAACAGACCCAACAGUCCGCUACCUCUCGACAUCUCAAGCUUACGAUCUUUGGGCCGCAGUGUACGACACAGACGGGAAUUUCCUGCAAGCUCUGGACACAAUUGAAAUGAAAACUCUCAUACCACGCUUACUCAGUCUCCUUGAAGCAUCAUGCCUAUCUCGCCCGUGGAAACUGGUUGACCUAGGAUGCGGGACCGGUCGGAAUACAGCUGCGUUACUCGAGGUCGAUGGUGCCACUGUAGUCGGACUUGAUGUGAGCCCUGGUAUGCUUGAGGUAGCUAAGCGGCGGCUAGAGGACAGUGCUGCCAAAGGCAAGUUGAGUCUCGGGGUGUUUGACAUGAUUGAGCAGGAUUCGGCGUCUGAAAUGGCGUUGAAUGCCGAUGCCAUUGUAUCGACGCUAGUUCUCGAACAUAUCCCUGUCGAGGUCUUCUUCAAGCACGUGGCAAAAAUGCUCAAACCAGGUGGCUAUUUAUUGUUGACCAACAUGCACUCGGAGAUGGGUGGUAUCAGUCAGGCUGGAUUUGUAGAUCCUGAUACCGGAGAAAAGAUUCGACCCACAAGUUAUGCUCACACUGUUGCUGAAGUCGAGGCCGAGGCAGCAAAAAAUGGCUUCGAGACCGUCGGAGGCAACAUGAAGGAGAGAUCCGUAGACCAGUCUCUAGUGCCUCGUCUCGGUGAAAGAUCUGCGAAAUGGUUGGGAGUGAAGGUCUGGUUUGGAGGAAUCUUUUGCAAAAAGAGCUGAUAUGUAACUCUCACUCAUCCAUGGAGUGAACACUUGGUGUCCGGCCGGAGAAGAAGCCACGAACCAAUCGAGCUCGAUGUUGUACAAGAUUCUCAUACUUUUGCAAAGCCGUCUUCAACACCGGCGUGCGCCAAUCGAGGUCAUCAUCUAGGAUGAUCUGGGUAUAUGCAAAUAAACUUGCGUC